GACUGCCCCUGUCAACCCGAGCCUGAGCGAUCAUGGCAACGGGCUCGGGCGGGGAGCGCUUGGCGGCGGCGGCGGCGGCGGCUGCGGUUUGGUCGCGGGCCGGGGCGGCGGAGGGGCGGCGGCGGCCCUGGCCCCGGCCCUGAGCGCCAUGCGGCGGGGCAGCUCCGAGAGGGAGCUGGCGGCCCGGUGGGAGGCGGAGGCGGUGGCCGCUGCCAAAGCGGCGGCCAAAGCGGAGGCGGCGGCGGCGGAGCAGGGCCGUGUGGACGCGGGCGCGGCCGGGGAGCCCGAGCGCAAGGCGAGGGACGAGCGGCCCAAGGCCGCAGCCCCGGCGCAGCCCCGCGCGCCCGAGGAGGGGGACGCCCGUGUCCCCGCGCGGCCACUGCCCACGGUGCCCGCGGCCAACCCGAAGUCAGCGCCGGCGCGGGGCCUCUGCCCGCACGGGAAGCCCAAGAGCAAGGGCCGAAGCUGUAAGCGGAGCUCGGGCCACCGUUCCGACGAGUACGGCUCUCAGCGGCCCGUCACCGUGGACAGCUCCAAGGCCAGGACCUCCCUGGACGCCCUAAAGAUCAGCAUUCGCCAGCUCAGGUGGAAGGAGUUCCCAUUUGGCCGGCGCUUGCCUUGUGACAUCUACUGGCAUGGAGUUUCAUUUCACGACAAUGACAUAUUCUGCGGUCAAGUGAACAAGUUUCCAGGCAUGACGGAGAUGGUGCGUAAAAUUACCCUGAGCAGAGCAGUGAGAAUCAUGCAGAAUCUCUUUCCUGAGGAGUACAACUUCUACCCUCGCUCGUGGAUUCUGCCUGACGAGUUCCAGCUCUUUGUUGCUCAGGUUCGAAUGGUGAAAGAUGGCGACCCCUCCUGGAAGCCCACGUUUAUUGUGAAACCUGACGGUGGUUGUCAGGGCGACGGAAUCUACCUCAUUAAAGACCCCAGUGACAUCCGCCUGACAGGGACCCUCCAGAGCAGGCCGGCGGUGGUCCAGGAGUACCUCUGCAAACCUCUCCUUAUCGACAAGCUCAAGUUCGAUAUCCGUCUGUAUGUCCUACUGAAGUCCCUGGAGCCCUUAGAGAUUUACAUCGCCAAAGACGGACUCUCGAGAUUCUGUACCGAGCCCUAUCAGGAGCCCAGCCCCAAAAACCUGCACCACGUCUUCAUGCACUUAACCAACUAUUCCCUGAACAUCCACAGCGGGAACUUCGUGCAUUCGGACAGCGCGAGCACGGGCAGCAAAAGGACUUUCUCCAGCAUCCUUUGCAGGUUGUCUUCCAAGGGCGUUGACAUCAAGAAGGUCUGGUCUGACAUCAUCUCCGUGGUGAUCAAGACUGUCAUCGCCCUGACUCCAGAGCUCAAAGUCUUCUACCAGUCGGACAUCCCCACCGGGAGGCCGGGCCCCACGUGCUUCCAGAUUUUAGGCUUUGACAUUCUUCUAAUGAAAAAUCUGAAGCCUAUGCUACUUGAAGUAAAUGCAAACCCCAGCAUGAGAAUCGAGCAUGAACACGAACUUUCUCCAGGGGUGUUUGAAAAUGUCCCCAGCCUUGUUGAUGAAGAAGUGAAGGUGGCUGUGAUCAGAGACACUCUGCGCCUCAUGGACCCACUUAAGAAGAAAAGAGAGAGCCAGUCUCAAAAGCUGGAAAAGCCACUAGCCGGAAAGGAAGGGCCUUUGGACAGGGAACCUACCAGCGCCCCCGACGGCACCGCCAAUCCCGAAGCCCACCUGCCCUCCAUCUGCCUCAAGCAGGUGUUCCCCAAGUACGCAAAGCAGUUCAACUACCUGCGCCUGGUGGACAGGAUGGCAAACUUGUUCAUCCGGUUCCUGGGAAUCAAGGGAUCAAUGAAGUUGGGACCAACAGGCUUUCGCACCUUUAUAAGGAACUGCAGGCUCAGCAGCAGCAGCCUGUCCAUGGCCGCCGUGGACAUCCUCUACAUCGACAUCACGCGGAGGUGGAACUCCAUGGCCCUGGACCAGCGGGACUCAGGGAUGUGUCUGCAGGCGUUCGUGGAGGCUUUCUUCUUCCUGGCUCAGAGGAAGUUCAAGACACUGCCCCUCCACGAGCAGGUGGCCUCGCUGAUCGACCUGUGCGAAUACCACCUGUCCCUGCUGGAUGAGAAACGCCUGGUGUGUGGCCGGAGCGGCCCGUUCGAGGGCCGGUCCCCUCAUGGCAACACUCCCCAGGAGCCCUCGGCCUCGGCCCAGCCGGUGGGAGGCAGCGUGCUGCCCCCCAUGAGCUACGGCAAUAAGCUCUCCUAUCCCAGACACACUCUGUCCUGAGGGCCACUCCGUCCUCCCAGAAAAAGACAGCGCCCUCCGGGGCUGAAGAGCGCGGGCAUCGGCCUGUGGAGGAACGGCUGGCCGCGGAGCUUCCCGGCUGGGGCUCCUGGUAACUGUCCUCGUCCUGCUGAGCUGCGCUUCGCCAGGCUGCCUGGUUCCCACCUGCCCUCCUCCCAGCGCCUCGGGGUGAUCCACCCUGUUUGCGAGUCAUCAGUGGACAUAUGACAUCUAAACAGUGACAGAUGGCACCUUCUAUUCUGGGCUCAUGGGAAGCACCGACUGGGGCAAAUCUGCCGUGUUCGGGGCGUGGGCACAAGCAGUGCCAGCCCGGGGCUGGGCAGAGGAAGCCAAGCGUUGGGUCUGUCGCGGUCCCCAAGAGCUUACUGGUUAAAGCCCCCCAAGAAUAUCAUGUCUAUUUCCUACCACCCUUUCCAUGAAAAGGAAGUGGAAAUAUCGCACAGGGGUGUGCGAGAACCUCCUCUCCCAAUCAUGUGCUACAUGGAUGUAGUUAACAGAUUAGCCUCACUUCAUAAGCUUGCCCGUUGCUGCAAUGUUUGAUUUGUUAUUAAUUAAGAAAUAAUUAAUUAAGAAGUAACUAAAUAAGGCUCUUAGAGCCUCAGA